GGUCUUCGCUGUUGUUUCUCUUCUGCUUCCCCUAGGAUCCGGUUUCCCUUUGGGGGAAGCUUUCGGGGUUUUAUGUUUUCUGUCACAUGCACCAGCUUCUGUUCAGUUUGUCCCAGAUGUGGCUGAAAUUUCCAGUCCCAAGUCCCCGUUCCCCUUGGCUCUGGGGAGCCUUCGUCUCGUCCCCUGUGGCCAGCUGGCCUGAGAGCCCGUCUUGGGGGCUCCGUCUCCCAAGUCUCCGUCACGGGCCCCCUCUGCCGUGGUGCACGGGUCUGGGGCCUCCUCCUGACCCAGGUCCCCUUUUUGCGUCUCUGUCUCCCCGCACACACUCCAGAGCGGCUCCGCGUGACCGGCACCAUCCGGGCUCCUUCCCCUCACCUCCGGGCAGCAGCUGCAGGCUGACAGGGUCCUCCGUGCCCACGGUGUCUGCCUGGAGGACCAGGCACAGAUCCGGGCAUCACCCGGUCCUCAGCCACCCCCAUGCAGUCCACGGGCUGAGCCACUCUUUGUUUCAGCCACAGGAAUCAAGGGCACCUGGGACUCGGCUCACGGCACCAGCAAGAGGAGGGACGGUAACAAGGAAGGGGACGGCAACAAGGAGAGGGACAAAAACAUGGAGAGGGGACGGCAACAAGGAAGGGGAUGGCAACAAGGAAAUGGGACGGCAACAAGGAGGAGGAAGGCCGCUGGAGCCUUGAGCAGGAACAGCACAGCCUGGCCUCAUAUAAAAGCCCAUCACCCAGAGCACCUCACACACCUCACUCACACUCACACUCACACUCACACACUCACUCCCAGCCCAACCCCGCCAUGGCCGCCUCCACCAUGUCCGUCUGCUCUGAGCCCUGGCAGGUGGACGACUGCCCAGAGAGCUGCUGCGAGCCCCCCUGCUGCGCCCCCAGCUGCUGCCAGCCCAGCUGCUGCGCCCCGGCCCCCUGCCUGAGCCUCAUCUGCACCCCACCGUCCUGCUGUGAGUCUGUCUGCUGCAAGCCCGUGUGCUGCACACCUGUCUGCUGCAAGCCUGUCUGUUGUACCCCCGUCUGCUCCGGCGCCUCCUCCUCCUCCUGCUGCCAGCAGUCUGACUGCCAGCCAGCUUGCUGCUCCUGCUCCCCCUGCCAGCCAUCCUGCUGCGUGCCCAUCUGCUGCAAGCCCCCUUUCUGCUGCACACCUGUUUGUUGCAAGCCUGUCUGUUGUAUCCCCGUCUGCUCUGGGGACUCCUCCUCCUCCUGCUGCCAGCAGUCUGACUGCCAACCAGCUUGCUGCUCCUGCUCCUCCUGCUAACCCUCCUGCUGCGUGCCCAUCUGCUGCACACCCUCCUCCUCCUCUGUGUCCCUGCUCUGCUGCCCCAUGUGCAGACCCGCCUGCUGAGU